CUCCCGGAAGCAGCUAACUGAACUAGCAGCCGCAGCCGCAGCUCCGCUGGCCUGCAGGAUCUACACUCUCCCGGUGAUCCAGCUGGGGCUGGUGUUCGGUGUCCAGAGGUGGAUGUUAGUCUGAACCAGGUCGGGGAAUCACGGACCACGUGGUCGUAAAGACCGUUACCAGCCCCGCGGAGCCGCUAGCGGCUUCACCUGCUCUGCCUUCACCAGCUCACCUGGAGUCAUGCACCUGAGGCGGUCCUGCUGAACAUGGUGAUGGCUGGCUCCCAGUGGGAGCUCCCCCCAGAGCUGUGCUGCCGGCCCAUGGCCUUCGUGGCCCUGACGGGCCUGGACGUGGUGUUUAACGCCGUUCACCGGGCCAUCUGGGACGCCUUCUGUGCCAACCGCCGCGCCGACAGAGUCCCCAUCUCUUUCAAAGUGCUUCCAGGAGACCACGAGUACCCCAAAUGUCGCACCAAGCGAACAUCCUACGAGUGGUACAUCCCUAAAGGCAUCCUGAAAACAGGCUGGAUGAACAAACACCUGAACCUGGUUCCUGCGCUGGUGGUUCUGUUCUACGAGCUGGACUGGGACGACCCGCAGUGGAAGGAGAAACAGUCUGAAUGUGCCACUAAAGUGGAGAUUGUCAGGACCAGUCUUCAGGGGAGGAACACCAAGGUGGCUGUGGUUCUGAUCCAGAAGAAAACCCCUCUACCUCCAGGAGAGGACCUGGUUGCAUCAGAGAGAGCGUCAGCUCUGUGCAGCGCGUGUGAUCUGUCCGGCAAGAGCCUCUUCGUCCUGCCCCACACCGACCACUUAGUGGGCUACAUCAUCAGGUUGGAGAACGCCUUCUACGAACACGCUCAGACCUACUACUACACGGAGAUCCGCCGCGUGAAAUCACACAAAGAGUUUCUCAACAAGACCACGCACCAGCUGCUGUUCGUCAGACACCAGUUUAAAAUCGCUUUCUUCAGCGAGCUGAAGCAGGACACGCAGAACGCUCUCAAGUACUACAGAACUGCAUACAGCCUCGUGCACGAGCUCAGAGCCCACGAGACCAACAUGUUGGAGAUCAAAACCAUGGCUGGAUUUAUCAACUACAAGAUCUGCCGCCUGUGUUUCCAGCACAACACUCCCCUGGACGCCAUCGCUCAGUUCAGGAAACACAUCGACCUGUGCAAGAAGAAGAUCGGCAGCGCUGAGCUGGCCUUCGAGCACUCGUCCUGGAUGUCCAAACAGUUCCAGUCGUUUGGGGAGCUGUUUGACGAGGCCAUCAAGUUGGGUCUGACGGCCAUCCAGACCCAGAACCCUGGGUUCUACUACCAGCAAGCUGCCUGCUACAGCCAGGAGAGGAAGACGCUGGCGCAGCAGCUCUGCCAGGCUGCCAGUUAUCCCUCCCCCGACCCGCUGGAUCCCCAGAGCGGAGGACUGGACUUCUACGGCCAGAGACCCUGGAGACAAGGACAUCAGAGUAUUGAUCCCCCAGACGCUGAGAAGGAGAAGGUGGGAAUCGUGGCCCUGCAGAUGAAGGAAAGAGACGUACCACAUUCUGAGCUGAUCAUAACCCUCCUCAGCAACGCCGUGGCCCAGUUUAAGAAGUACAAGUGCCCUCGAAUGAAGAGCCACCUGAUGGUCCAGAUGGGAGAAGAGUACUACCACGCUAAAGAUUACACUAAAGCCCUGAAGCUGCUGGACUACGUGAUGUGCGAUUAUCGUACAGAGCGAUGGUGGGGCCUCCUGACAGCCAUCCUGACCAUCGCCCUGCGCUGUGCGUACCUGAUGGCCAGCGUGAAGGACUACAUCAUCUACUGCAUGGAGCUGCUGGGCCGAGCUUCCACCUUGAAGGAGGAGCAGAAGGAGAGGAUUGAGAAGAACCUCUUCAAAGUCCUGAUGAACGAGGUUCCUGACGCCGAGCCGGAGUGUGAUCCGUCCUCCGUCAGCGCCGCCAGAUCUCUGUGGACCGACCGCACGGCUCUGGCCGGAUCCAACGAGCUGACCAUCGAAGUGCAGGAUUACAUCCCAUUCAUCCAGUGCAAGGCCAAGUUCCAGUCCCCGAGUUUCCACGUAGACCAGCCCAUCCAGCUGCAGGUCUUCCUCCGAGCCGACUGUCCCCAUCGUGUUUCAGUGAACAAGCUGGCCGUCAGCCUCAGUAACCAGGAGUACAACCAGUGGUGUGUGAAAGAGUCGUCAGAUCAGGACAGCAUGACGCUGUUGCCGGGGAAAACCAAGUGCUACAACUUCAGCUUCGUGGCCAAAACUGAAGAUGUUGGGAAGAAGGUGGAGAUGACGGGCGUGGAGCUGCUGCUGGGCUCCGACACCGGGCGCUGCGUGUUCCUGAGCUGGAGAGGAGCGGGCGGAGACGCCGCCUCUACCCACGAGGCCUUGCAGGCCGGCAGGUCCUCCCGCCGCUGGGGCCGGGGCAUGGAGGCCCAGCAGGACCUGGACUGGGACAGUCUGGCCCUGCAGCACAACACCAUGAUCAUCUCCAGAGUCCCAAAGAUCUGUGUCCAGCUGGUCCACCAGCCCCCGGCCCUCACCAACGAGAUGUACCGCAUCGGCCUCACCGUCCAAUCACAGGAGCUGGGUGUGGCCAGAGACGUGAAGCUGACCGCUGGUCUCAAACCAGGCCAGGACGCCACCCUGGGCCAGACCACCCACGUGUCCCUGGACGGCUCCGUGGUCUGUGACCACAGCGCUCCCGCUCUGCUGCCCGACGUUCCUCUGGGAGAUCUGCAACCAGGAGAACAGCUGGAGAGGUGUGUCUACAUCCGGUGUGUGUCCACCGGGCCCCGGGUCUUCCUGUUCCACGUGGCCUACAGCAUCGACACGGCCGUGGAGGGACGGCAGAUCGUCUGCAAAUGCCACAAGGAUGAGACGGUGACGAUAGAGACGGUGGUCCCGUUUGACGUGUCGGUGAAGUUCGUGUCCACUAAGUUUGAGCCUCUGGACCGGGUGGCGGUGGACAUCCCCUUCCUGCUGAUGACGGACGUCCUCUCGUCGUCCCCGUGGCCGCUCCUGCUGACGUCGUCAUCCCUGCAGCUGGCCACCAUGACCAGCAACACGCCGCUCCAGUCCCAGAUGCAGGACGUGGUCCUGCAGACCGGAGAAUGUGCCAGUGAGUGUUUCUGCCUGCGAUGUCCCGCCGUGACCAACAACAACACCACCGUGGCCACAGGACAGUACCUCAUAUCCUGGAGAAGGAAGUCGUCGCAUCCAGACAGUCCUCUGGUCCAGACCAGCGUCACGCUACCUCACGUCAUCCUGGAGUCUGUCCCCGUCUACAUCUACGCUGAUCUACCAUCGUUCGGGCGGGUCAGAGAGUCUCUACCGGUCCGCUACCACAUAGAGAACCGGACAGCGCUGGUCCAGGAGGUGGAGAUGGCCGUGGAACCCUCGGAUGCCUUCAUGUUCUCUGGACUCAAGCAGGUGCGUCUCCGGAUCCUCCCGGGGACGGAGCAGCAGAUGUUGUACAACUAUUACCCCCUGAUGGCCGGAUACCAGACACUACCACAGCUCAACAUCAGCCUGCCCCGCUGCCCGGCCCCCAACACGCCCGCACUCAGACGCUUCCUGCCACAGAGGAUCUUUGUAAAGCCUCAGGGUCGACAGCCAGACGACGCCUCCAUCGCUGCAGCUUGAGCAGAAGAGAAACCCGUUUACUGUAAAUACAGAGAGACAACAGCGUGGUGGAUGUUGCUCUACAUGUGUGAUUCCAUGGAAUUGUCAUUAUUAACACUAUCUGUUUCUCACUGUUGUGUAAAGAACGCACCAUGAACGCAGUCUGUGGACGAACGUUGGGAGACACGUGUCUGCAGUGAGUGAGAGUGAUGACAUGAUGUGAGCAAAGCGCUGACAAAUGAACUGAUAAAACCUUUAGUGAAAGUCAUGUAUGAAUCUGAGCUAUCUAGAAGUUGUGGGUAGAGUGUAAAACCUGAAUUGAAUGUGUUGGAUUGAUUAUACUGAAGUGAUGUAAACUUGCCGUCUCUUAUUUUUGCAUGUUAUCUGCAGAAAAAAAAGUCACGGUUAAAUAUAUUUUGAAAUUAACACAAGGCGGUAGUAAUACAGGAUCUCCUUAAUGAUGAAAGUGCAAAAUAGUCAGUUUGAGUCACAACUUCCAAAAUAGGAGCAGUUUUCCCCCCAGCAGCCACACCACACUGUACCAGUCUAACUUGUACCAUGGUGCUUUUUUAAGGCUUGUGUAUGCUGCCGGGUUUUACUCCCUUUAUCUUUCAUCCAAGUUAUUUAAAAAAUGGUUUCAUAA